UACAUCAAAUGCAACCAGCGUUCAAAUAUAAAAAGUCCUGGUUACAGAUGUCGAGGUUCUGCUCGCUUAAUCAAGCAUCCUGAUAAUUCAGAAACUAUUAUUCCCUUAAAAGAGCAUAAGCAGUCUUGUCCAAAGCAGGAGAAUUUGUUAGAAGUUCUUGCUCUUAAGGUCGAUUUAAAGGUCCGUGCUAAAGCAAUGCCAUUAGCUGCUUUUACCGAGUUUGUGACUUCUCCUAGAGGGAGAGAGUAUUUAAAAUAUACUCUCGCAAAUGAGCAAGGUGCCAAGGUUUCCUACCAAAUGAUGACUCUAAAUUUUGGAGAUACUUUUAAUCAAUGCUUAGCAUUUUACAAUGUUGAAUAUCUCAAUUACUUCGAUGGCUCUCAAAUAAAUAUCGACGGGACUUUUCGGUUUAAGCCUAAGUUCAAGCGUCAGCACCUCCAGCCGUAUCAACAUAUCAUUAUUUCAAGUGAUAUUAAUGGG